AGUAGCUGUUCGUCAAACAGCAAAGUCCCGAAAGUCAUCUUCUCAUCCGAGCCUAUUGGCCGUUUCUGGUUUCUUACUGGUCAAGUUCCUAGAUCCUUCCUUCAUACUUAUUGUAAUAUUUUCACAUUUGACUUUUUGAAUUUGCUCGCUACAAUGAGAAUUCAGUGAUGAUCAAGUCUUCCAUUGGACCCAACCAACCACGUACCAGUGACCUCCAUGGAUAAGUAGCUUAAUCUUUCUUCUUUUUCAACAUAUCCUCUUCUUCUUCUUCUUCUUCUUCUUCUUUUGCUUUCUCUUUUGAUCUGCUCAAGAAGAAAAAGCUCUUCAACUCUGGAGGAAGAAGAUGAAUUCUGAGGAUUCAGUACCUCAACAACUCAAAGGUGUAGUUAUAAUCACUCUUCCUCCACCUGAUAAUCCUUCAUUAGGCAAAACAAUUACUGCUUUCACUCUCACCAAUGAGAAUUUUCAACAGUCGAGCCAGAGCCAUGAGAAUUAUCACCAUAAUCAAGAUCAUGAUCGUGAUCAAGGCAAUGUUCCAAUUCAAUCACCAACACCACCUGUAGCCGGACGCCAAUUCUCGUUCUCGAGGGGAUUCGAGGGUACUCCGAGGAAGCUCUUGGGGUUUCUUGCUAUCUCUCUUCUUGCCCUAGUUCUUUACAGCUGCGUUUUCUCGGGUACAUUUGAGGAGUUCAGAAGAUCUAAUGAAGAUGAAAAAUCAAAAUCCUUCGUGUUCCCACUGUAUCAUAAAUCGGGGAUUCGUGAGGUGUCGGAGGAGGAUUUGGAAGUCAAGUUGGGGAGAUUUGUAGACGUGGACAGAGGAGAUUUUGUGCCUAAAGUAGAUAAUCGGUUUGUAAAACCUGAUAAUAUUAACAAAAUGGUUUCUGCUAAUGCUGCUUCUGGGGAUUCCUCCGCCAUUUUUCCUGUCAGGGGCAACGUUUACCCAGAUGGAUUGUAUUUCACAUACAUGCUGGUAGGAAAUCCCCAGAGAACUUAUUAUCUUGAUAUUGAUACUGGGAGUGACUUAACAUGGAUUCAGUGUGAUGCUCCUUGCACCAGUUGUGCCAAGGGAGCCAAUCCUUUGUACAAGCCAAGGAGAGGCAAUUUAGUUCCUCCUAAGGAUUCACUGUGUGCAGAAGUUCAUAGAAAUCAGAAGACUCAGUAUUGCGAAGCUUGUGACCAGUGUGACUAUGAGAUUGAAUAUGCUGAUCAAAGCUCCUCGAUUGGUGUUCUUGCAAGAGAUGAGCUUCAUCUGUUGAUUGCAAAUGGCUCGGUGACCAAGUUAAAUGUCGUGUUUGGGUGUGCAUAUGAUCAGCAAGGUCUACUUCUAAACACACUGGUAAAGACAGAUGGAAUCCUCGGACUAAGCAGGGCCAAGGUUAGCUUACCUUCUCAGCUGGCAGAUCAGGGGAUCAUUAACAAUGUGGUUGGCCAUUGCCUAACCACUGAUGUUGGUGGUGGGGGAUAUAUGUUCCUAGGCGAUGAUUUAGUCCCACAAUGGGGAAUGGCAUGGGUCCCCAUGCUUGACGGCCAUUCCAUAGGAUUUUAUCAUACGGAGAUUAUGAAGAUGAGUUACGGAAAUAACCCACUCAGUUUGGGUGAGAAAAGUGGAAGACGGGUACUUUUUGACACCGGCAGUUCUUAUACAUACUUCCCUGAACAGGCAUAUUCUGAGUUGGUGGCUUCUCUUGAAGAAGUUUCUGACUUGGGAUUCAUCCGUGAUACAUCUGAUCCAACAUUGCCCAUUUGUUGGCAGGCUAAAUUCCCUAUCAGAUCUGUUACGGAUGUUAAGCAGUUCUUCAAGACUUUAACCUUUCAACUUGGGAGCAAAUGGUGGAUCAUCUCCAGAAAGCUUCGAUUUCCACCAGAGAGCUACUUGAUUAUUAACAAAAAGGGAAAUGUGUGCUUAGGCAUCCUUGAUGGAAGCAAAGUACGUGAUGGAUCAACAAUUAUACUUGGAGACAUAUCAUUGCGUGGAAAACUUAUGGUGUAUGAUAACGUGAAUCACAGAAUUGGGUGGAUGCAGUCUGACUGUGUAAAGCCGAACAGAUUUAAGAGCCUCCCAUUUUUUUAAGGGAUCGUUCUAACAUGAUAACUACUAGUUAUGUACAUAAGCUGCUUUGUAUUAUUACUUUACGGAACUCUAUUACAUUUUUGUCA